AGUUAGAUUGAGCUCCAGCUGUCAAAGUGUUUAGCGACAAGCCCCACAAGCUAGUUUGGCCGUGUUUAUACCCGAGAAAAUGGCGAGCACCUGAGGUUUUGGUACCACUCGAGUCAAGCAUCAAAUUCGGACGGCAUACAAGUUGUCAUCGACGCUACAUCUACUAAGGCUAACGCUAAAAGGAAGCAGCUGCAGAAACACAAAAAUUGCUUCCUGAAUGGCUUGUCCAGCACCUGCCAGGGGACCUACUUAAGAAAAAGGGGGGACUCCACACUGAACUUCUUCAUGAGUAAUGAACCUAAACCCCUUCUGGAGCAUGUCUGCCAAUACGAGUCGUAAGAGACCUGAAAGCGAAGACCAGAGCGGACAGGGCGAUGUGAAAAGCAGCCCGCCCCGGCUGCCGUUUGGCAAGAAGCAGCUUCCAGCCAUCCCUAAGAAUGCCGCCACCAUCAUCAAGGCGGCAGCCUUGGGCAGCCCUGCCCACUCUGCAAACAUCCCCCACGCACCCUACGGCCCCUUUUACUUGGAAUACUCCCUGUUGGCUGAGUUCACACUCGUGAUUAAGCAGAAACUUCCUGGAAUUUAUGUGCAGCCAUCGUACAAGUCAGCACUGAUGUGGUUUGGGGUCAUAUUCAUCAGACAUGGCUUGUACCAGGAUGGAGUCUUCAAGUUCACUGUGUAUAUCCCAGAUAACUAUCCAGAUGCCGAUUGUCCGAAAUUAGUGUUCGACAUGCCAGUCUUCCAUCCUGUUGUUGACCCUGUUUCUGGCGAGCUUGACAUCAAAAGAGCUUUUACCAAAUGGAGGCGGAAUCAUAACCAUAUCUGGCAAAUUCUCAUGUAUGCACGUACCAUUUUCUACAAGAUAACCACCUCAGAACCCCUCAAUCCAGAAGCUGCUGUACUGUACGAGAAGGAUGUGCAGUUGUUCAAGAGCAAAGUGGUGGACAGCGUGAGACUAUGCAACAGUCAUCUGUUUGACCAGCCCAAGAUAGACGAUCCCUACGCAAUAAGCUUUUCUCCUUGGAACCCAGCUGUUCAUGAGGAAGCAAAAGAGCGAAUGUUCACAUAUAAAAGACGACCUGAGGACCCCUACAAGGGAACACAGGGCUCCGGCUUGUCCUGGGUCAAACCUGGGUCGACACAGCCCUUCAGCAAAGACGACAGUCCUCCUCGGAGUUGAACCGACGCGUGCGGCGCCACAAGUGGGACGUGCCCUCACCGCAGACCACAAGACAUCUACGAGUCGGAUCUUCAAACAAGGACGUUAUGAAUACUGCUCAGCUUUAAAAGCUUCACCCGCCAACAGCUUUAGCAAACUGAAACCAAGUUUAUACGGCAAGGAUGACAAGUGGAUGUCUCCAAAGUAGAAUCUAGCAAGUGUUGUGGAUAUUUCAAGGUCCAUAUGCACAUGCUGGCCAGGUUCGGUGAUUACAUACUGUUCCAAAAGUCCAAAAAGCGUGCAGUGGACUUCAUAAUCUCUCGGCUCAGGACUGUUUUUAUCUAUCUCGCCAGGAAUGUCAAUCAAAGAUGGGCGAAGACCGGACCUUCAACUGGUCUUUUUUUUUUUUUUUUUUUUCCCCCUCCAUCCUUACUUUCUUCUGACAAUGAUUUCUUUUUAAACACGUCAUUUGGCUAAUUAUAAUGCAGACUGGUUUUAAAUAUGUUCCUAAGUAAGGACAUGCAUGUCAUUUUCUGGUGUACUUAUUAAAGGUUUGGUGUGUAAAUGGUCUUAAGAGGUUUGACUUAAAUAAAAAAAAAACUGCUUUGUUUCUCUUCCCCCUCCCUAUCAACCCUCUCUGUUCCAUGUGACUCCCAAAAUUUCAUGAUAUUUUUUUUUUUACUCUUUCACUAUCUUGUCAAAAAGCAUGUGAAAAUGGUUUGCUUUUAAUUUAAUUUGAUUAGAUUGAAUGAUGUGAACAUAUCUGAUUGGUGCUGACAGGCUGCUGCAUCUGUUUAAAGUUGUGAAAGGUAACCAAAUUUACCUUACUUGAAUUAAAAAAAAAUUUACCCA